UCUUCACUAAUCUACUCUCUCUCUCUCUCUCUCACUGCGUUUCCUCUCUCUCCCUAUCUCCCAAAUUCGGCCAUGGCUUCUGCGCUAUCCACCGUCACACUCCGCUCUCCUUCCUACGCAACCCCCACCACAGCGUAUUCCGCCCUCCCUUCCUCCACAUUCCCCAAACAAUCCAUCGAAUUCCCCCUCAAAUCCACCCCCGCACUCCUCCGCCGCCGCACCUCCGCCGUCCGCCCAAUCUCCGCCGUCGAUGCCCCUGAGAAGGUCGUCGAGCUCGGCGACCAGAUCUCCAACCUAACCCUCGCCGACGCUCAGAAGCUCGUCGAGUACCUCCAGGACAAGCUCGGCGUCACCGCCGCCUCCUUCGCCCCCGCCGCCGUCGCCGCUCCAGUCGCCGCUGAAGCGGCCGCCGUCGUCGAGGAGAAGACGGAGUUCGAUGUCGUGAUCGAGGAGGUGCCGAGCAAUAUGAGAAUCGCCACCAUUAAAGUGGUUAGGGCUUUGACUAGCUUGGCUCUGAAAGAAGCCAAGGAAUUAAUUGAAGGACUGCCGAAGAAAUUCAAGGAGGGGGUUUCCAAAGAGGAGGCGGAGGAGGCCAAAAAACAGCUGGAAGAAGCCGGUGCCAAGAUUUCUAUUGUUUAGUAUCAUGAUUAUUUUUAAAACAAAGGUGAUUUUUGUAUGGUCUCUGUUUAUCUUUUUUAUUGAGUUUAUUAUGAAUUAUCAGGUGUAGAUUAAUCCUGGAUUUGUAAUGUAAUCUAUCCAAACCCAUAUUUGCUUUUCCCUUUAAUCCUACUAUGAUUAAUCAUU